UCUGGCCCCCUCGUCACUUGUCCAUCACUAUCCGCCGUUCGAGAAAACGAAACACUGGACUGAAGCCUCGAUAAAGGACCCCACUAUAUUUUCAAAGUUAUUACACCAAAAGAUAGUGGUGAGAAAGAUCAUUAAGCCUGGUCUCGAACUCAUAUACACCCACAUCUACACAUACACACACACACACACAUCCAUAAACUUGAUCUCACGCAACUCACAUCUCAGCACCGAAGAAAAAGACAGAGAGACAAACAAAGCAGACAAAAAAAAAAAUCACAAUGUCUCGCACACUCCCCAAUAUCAUCAUCACCGGUACUCCCGGCGUCGGCAAGACCUCCCACUGCGAGCUCCUGGCCGAGCGCACGGGGCUCAAGCACCUGUCCGUCAACGACGUGGUCAAAUCCAAGGAGUGCCAUGAGGGGUGGGAUGAGGAGUACCAGAGUUGGAUCGUUGAUGAGGAUAAGCUCCUCGACGCCAUUGAAGACGAAGUCAAGCAGGGCGGUUGCAUAAUAGACUGGCACGCUUGCGACUUGUUCCCCAAGAGCUGGAUUGAUUUGGUGGUGGUUUUGAGAGUUGAGAGUUCAGUGUUGUAUGAUCGGUUGACCGAGAGAAAAUACCCCGAGCUCAAGCUUCAGGAAAACCUCGACUCGGAGAUCAUGGAGGUUCUCUUGCAGGAGGCCCGCGACUCAUACGACGAGGAGAUUGUUGUCGAGUUGCAGAGCAACGAUGCCGAGCAGAUGGAUGAAAACGUGGAUCGGAUCGAGGCUUGGUUUAAGCAGUGGAAGGAGAACAACAGCUCUGCAUAAGGGCUGAUGUUGAGUUUCGGGGUAGAAAAGAUGAGUAAUGGCAAUGGGGGCAAUGUAAAAAAGGGAAAAGUGGUCUUGAUACCCGGAUUCGAUGUGAUCUUUUUGCAAGAAUAGGGCGGCAGUAUAUACAAAAAGGAGGUGUAAAAGCGGCGUAAUCUACGUAAGGUUCACGAAAACUCACAAAAACGCAUAUGAAUCAGAAAGAG